AUGUCCACUCCGGUGUCGAAUCGUAAAUAUGGGGCACAAAAAAUAAGACUUACUAUUCUAUGCGCGAGGAAUUUGGUCCGGAGAGAUCUUUUCAGACUGCCAGAUCCUUUUGUCAAAAUAACUGUGGAUGGUAGUGGACUGGUGUAUUCUACAAAUGCUGUUAAGGCUACACUUGACCCAAAGUGGAAUACACACUAUGAUUUGUAUCUUACAAAAGGAGAUGGAAUUACUAUCAGCGUGUGGAAUCAACGGAAAGUUCACAAAAGACAAGGUUCUGGCUUCCUGGGUUGUGUUCGAAUUCAGCCAUCCACAGUGCACAAACUGAAAGACACUGGUUAUCAGUGUUUAGAGCUGUGUGAAGAUGGUUCAGUGGAGACUUGUGGUGUUCGAGGUCAGGUAAUUGUGUCGCUACUCUCGCGGGACAGCGCGCGUGGGGAGCCGGCCUCCGCCGCGGGAGAAGGGUCGCCCUUAGCUGUCGUUGGUCCUGCGGGAGACGUUCGCACUCCUAGAGACCCUCCUACAAACACCAAUGUGCCGCAACUCCCACUUCCCCCACAUUGGGAAGAAAGAAUUACCUCUGGUGGAAGACCAUACUACGUGAACCAUGCGCUGCGCCGCACCCAGUGGGAUCGUCCACCACCUGAGACGCCGAGUCCAUCGUCGCCAUCAGCUGCGUCGCCACCGUCUACCCCGUCACCUCCUGCUCCCGCCUCCCCCGCUGGCCCUGCGCUGGUCAGUCCUACCUCGCCGGGCUCCCCUGCCUCGCCCGCUUCACCAACAUCCGACGCCGAGGUUAAUCAUGCGCCAUCAAUAUCGCUAAGGCCGGAGCCGCAGCCACAGACGGCAGUGCGAGCACGCGCCCCUCCCGCGCCGACGUCCCCCAUCAGUCCAACAACUCCAGCUACUCCCACCACCCCUGUAUCUGCCACGGACCUUCCUCCCGGAUAUGAAAUGCGAACGACAACACAAGGGCAAGUGUACUUCUAUAACUCGGGGACGGGGGCCUCGACGUGGCACGACCCUAGGGUCCCACAACACUUGCGGCAUUGCGCCGCGGCCGCUGGCCCGCUGCCGCCCGGCUGGGAGAUGCGGCACGCGCCCUCCGGACGACCUUACUUUGUCGACCAUAAUAACAGGACCACGCAAUUCACUGAUCCGCGGCUUGCGCUUUCUGUUAGAUUCCCGUCAAGUGACUCGACGCCAUCGUCGCCACUGGCGCAGGCACCUUCAAGCGGCGGGCAAGCGGCCGAGCCAGCCGAUGCGGACGCACUACCCAAGUACAAACGCGACCUUGCCGCUAAGGCGCGCGUGCUCCGUGCGGAACUGCAGGCGUUGCAGCCGCAGACCGGUCAUUGUCGAAUUGAGGUAUCACGUAACGAAGUUCUUGAAGAAUCGUACCGGCUCGUGAUGAAGCUGCGUGGUAAAGAACUGCGCAAGCGCUUGCUAGUCAAGUUCCGAGGGGAAGAAGGUUUGGACUACGGCGGUGUCGCUCGCGAGUGGUUGCAUUUGCUUGGACGGGAAUUAUUCAACCCUCAUUAUGGACUUUUCCAGUAUGCUAAUGCUGGAGACGAUCGAUAUGCUUUGCAGAUAAAUUCUGAUUCUGGGGUAAACCCUGAGCACUUAUCAUACUUCCACUUCGCGGGCCGCAUCCUCGGUGUAGCCCUGUUCCACGGGCACCAGCUGGACGCGGCAUUCACGGCGCCCUUCUACAAACAACUGUUGGGCCGGCCCAUCACGCUGAGAGACAUUCGCGACGUUGACCCGGAGUUACAUCGAAGCCUCUCUUGGAUGUUGGACAACAAUAUCGCGGGAAUUAUAGACACAACAUUCUCGGUGGAAUGUUCAUCGUUCGGCGCGGUACGAAGCGUUGAACUGAGGCCGGGUGGCGCCAACGACCAAGUCACGGACGCCAACAAACGUGACUACGUACGGCUGUACGUAGCUCACCGAUUCACACGCGGCGCCGAGCGGCAGUGGCUGGCCUUGCAACGUGGCCUGGCAGACAUCAUUCCUCCGCAGCUUCUCCGACCGCUAUCACCUCGGGAUCUGCAGCCGUUGCUAGCUGGCCGCGCUGACCUUGACCCUGCCGAUUGGCGUCGACACACACGCCUCAAACACGUCAACCCGGACGCACCCAUUGUCGGCUGGUUCUGGGAGGUCGUUGAGAAAUUCGAUGCGGAAAUGCGCGCCAGACUGCUACAAUUUGUAACGGGCUCCAGGCGAGUGCCGCUAGCUGGAUUCCGUGCUCUUCAAGGUUCUACCGGCGCGGCUGCACCUCGACUGUUCACUUUACACCUUGUCGCCGACGCUUCUCCGGAAUCCCUCCCCAAAGCGCACACAUGCUUCAAUCGCCUCGAUUUACCGCCUUACCCUAACAAAGAGAAACUCCACGAUAAACUAAAACAGGCAAUUCUGGAAACAGCUGGCUUUGCUGUCGAAUGAUUAGCAGAUUUAAAUACUUUAUUGAUAUUAUAUCCCCCAUGGGGGCUUAUUUCUGCAAGUUGUCUAGGACCCAAGUAUAGUAAAAAUGAAGCUCGUAGUUAUCUUCGGUCUUUCUCUUCAAUUCCACAGACUGAGGUAUAAUCGUGAAUUUCAAGUACUGUGUUCAAUGUUGGAUAUUAUGUUGUUUCUAGAACUGAAUUUGCUCUAUGUAACGACGUAUUCUAUAAUUUUAAUUGUAAAUAUUGCUAGGCUUCGUAGUCACUUGCUACUGAGUACUGACACAUGGCAACUAGUCUUGAGUUGUUAAAGCAGCUGAUAAAAAAAGACUGACGAAUUAUUUUGGGUACUAAUCAACAUGACAACAUUUAUAUUUUGACGGAAUUUAAUCGACUGUUCAAAUGAAAAUCGGCCCUGUUAUCUUGUUAUUGAAGACUGUUUUCAGUUAGUACUCGUGUAUUUAUUUAAUUACACAGAGGCAAUGAUUAUGAUGCUAUCAAGAACCUAUAUAGCCAAUUUGUCAAUAAACAUUUAAAUAGCCAUAAUUUUGAAAGCGAAUUUUAUUAACACAACAAGGUUUAUGAUUGCAACGGUGAAACUACAAUGAAAUAUUUUUCAAUGCUUAUUUACUUCUAUGGUGUUGGUGGCAUAUCAUUUAAUUUACGAAUUUCUGUAUUACAGCUAAACGCAACUCACUGCUCAAUAUCACAUUGUACACAUCUUAUGUUGUAGUCUUAAACGUUACUAAUAAGAACGUUUAUUUCGUUGUUCCAGUGAGCAUAUAAUGAACUGGUCUUCCAUAUCAACAAGUAGCUUUAAAUCAAGCAAUACUACGCUACUAAUUUUUAAAGCUCAAACUUGGAUUAUUUCAGUUUCAAUAUUAUUAUUCAAAUUUCGUAGCUCCUUAGUUUGCUACUGCAGUUAAAGUAUUUUUUAAUAUGCGGUUAUUGUAUAAUGUAUCCAUACUAAGAAAUCAACUAAAAGUUUACCUUCCCUGAUUUGAUAUGAGGUAAUGAUUGAAGUAAUAUUUAACCGGUAUAAAGAGUUUCUCAAUUACAUUCGCAUGUUUCUGUUUCUGGUUAUAUAUUUAAUGGACUGAAUAAACUAGGACCCAAAAAAAUGGUAUUGUACGGAAUUUUACUGCUGUCUUUACUAUUAGUAGUACCAUAGGUAAUUUCCUUUGCUGGUAUUACUACCGAAUAUUAUGACAGUAUUGUGGGAAACACGUUAUACUAGCUAGGGAUAUGUCUCAGCGAAGUUUUGUAUACCACAAGUAUAUAGUUAAAAUCCUUUUAAACAAUUUUCUUAGUUUAUAUGUUCAUUAUACUCCGUUAUUUAAUUUCACACCUUAAUUACAGCUUGUAUGUUUAACAUGUACUUUUUAGGUUAAUACUAUAUGUUAUUAUGAAUUGUUCAGUACAAAGCACAAAAGGUAACUGAUUUACACAAUCGAGUUUACAGAUAUUAAGUAAUGAAUAACCUGAUUUUACAUAUAGGCAGAUGUUCAUGCUUGUUGGUGCCUUAUUAUUUGAACAUGUUCUUUGUAAAUGAGCUGGAAAUGCAUAUGGAUAAGCCAUGUAUUCCGUUUUUAUUUAUAUCUGAUAUUCCACUAUAUUAUUCUGUCUAUUUAACUUUUAAUAUAAGAAUUAACACGAAUGCAUGUUUAUAAAAUGUAUAUAUAUUUUGUGACGGCCUAUUUAGGAACCGAUAUUUUAAUAACAAGAAUGAUAUGAGUGCCUU